GAAAGGGAAAGGAGCCAGAUCGGAGCCUGAACUCAUCACCAGUGGGGUUUGCUCCGUACUUCAUCUGUCAUCACGGUCGCUGCAGAGGUGUUGCUCCCUCCGAAGACGCUGCAGCCGGACAAUUUGUGGACAAACUGGCAUUGAGCGACUCCUCACCUCAGAGUUGUGACCGGAGACUGUGAACUGUAGAGGGAUUAGGAGACGGCCGGGGGAAAAGUUUGUUCACCUGGCGAGCCAGAGAGGACCGACACCACGGUCCAAGCCGACUCCAAGUGCCGUUCACCGGGCGAUGCCAGAGUAAAUGCCGGGGCGAUGUCCCGCCGCAAGCAGGUGAACCCGCAGCACUUCUCGUUGACGUACAGGGAGACAGUACGAGCAGAGGCCAAUCAUGAUUCAGGGGCCGUAUCUCCAUCUCCGGAGCUGUCCACCCCCAGCCCUCGGAGGGUUGGCACCAGGGAGCAUGAUAUGCUGACCUGCGGCCAGUGCCAGACGAACUUCCCUCUGGGCGAUAUCCUGGUUUUCAUUGAGCACAAGCGCCGUCUGUGCCGGGGGCCCCGAAGUGGACCGGAGUCCUUCUCCAAGCCUGGGGAGACUGGCGGGGUCACUGGCAUUCCCAUCUCUCCCAGGGCCACGUCACUGGAGUUGGGUAGAGGGUCCAUUCCGGUGGAGGUGGGCAUCCAGGUGACCCCCGGCAGAGAGGAGGAUCUGGAGAGGAGGCUGACUCCGGCCAGGGGGAUCUGCCCCAAACAGGAAAGAGGAGAUAAAGAUGAGCCAUCCAGCUACAUCUGCACUACCUGUAAGCAGACCUUCACCAGCGCCUGGUUCCUUCUUCAGCAUGCCCAGCACACUCAUCACAUACGCAUCUAUCUGGACCACCACCCAGUCAACUGCUCCCUCACUCCCCGCAUGGCUCUGCCUCCACCCCCGUGUGCUAAUGCCCUGCCCCGCUCUCCUCUCCCCACUUUCCUUGGUGACACCAACAACCCAUUCCACCUCCUCCGCAUGGCUGCGCCCCUGCUCAGGGAACACCCCCCUCCACCGGGUUACAUGGAGACCCGGCUGCCUGCAACGCCACCCUUUGUCAGCCCUCCCCCACCCCCUAGACCUGCUCUAGAGCGGCUUGGCCCAGAGGAGAUGGGGCUGCUGUCCCAGCACCCCAGUGCCUUUGAGAGGGUGAUGCGGAUGACCCCCAUGGAGCCUCCUUCCAUGGACUUCUCCCGACGUCUGAGAGAACUGGCAGGCAACACCACCAAUAAUGGGGGGCCCACACCCCCUCUCUCACCCAACCGUGUGCCACCAAUGCACCGCUUACUGAGUCCCACGCUUUUCCAGGCUGGUGCCAAGCCCCCGGCGUUUCUCACUUAUGCCCCGCAGCCACCCACUUCUCAGGGGGGACACGGUUCUUCCAGCCCCCCUGACACCCAGGGUCAGACCCAGACCCCGGGGAAAUCCAAAUCCUGUGAGUUCUGUGGAAAGAUUUUCAAGUUCCAGAGCAACCUUAUCGUCCACAGACGCAGCCACACAGGAGAGAGGCCAUACAAGUGUCAUCUGUGUGAUCAUGCCUGUUCCCAGGCCAGCAAGCUUAAGAGGCACAUGAAGACACAUAUGCACAACAAGUCUGGGUCCAUGAGUGGCUCCCCAGAACAGGGAAAUAGAGAAGAGGGAGGAGAGGGUGAAGAAAAGAUGAGGGAGGGUUCAAGAGGGAUGGGGAUGGACAAUGAGGAGGAUGAGGAAGAAGAGGAGGAAGAAGAAGAGGAGGAAGAGGAAGAAGAGGAAGAACUGAGGAAUGGAUGUCGGCCAGAUUCAAACUUAAGCGCAGACUCCCAGGAGUUCAGCCAGAAUAGGGAGAAUGGCCCCAGACAGUGUCCCAGGGAGGAACCCCUGAGCGGGCAUAGAGUAAGUGACAGUGGCGGGGUGGGCAUUAUGCACCCUUACAACCAUCUGGACAAUCACCUUAGACUUAACCCUAACAAGAGAGGCCUGGAGAGACAGCCAAAUGGAGAUGGUGGAGAGAGGGGUGAAGAAAGAGAGAAUGAGAGGGAGCAGGGCAGAGAGCGAGAUCAGCAGGUGGAGCAGAGGCCUGUAAUGAACGGCAGGAUCAGUGUAUCUGAAGCAGACUCCUUCCCUGGGCUGUUCCAGCGUCGGCCCACCCCCAUCACCAGCCCAAACCCCUCCAACAACAAGAGGAUCAAGAUAGAGAAGGAACAGCUGGAGCUUCCCCCGACCUUACCCCUUAUCUCCCCGGAGAAUGUCUACUCUCAGCUUCUGGCAGGCUACGCUGCUUCACGCCACUUCAUCAGAGAACCCUUCUUGGGAUUCACAGAUUCCCGUCAGUCGCCGUUCGCCACCUCCUCAGAGCACUCCUCCUCAGAGACGGGAAGUCUCCGCUUCUCCACCCCGCCAGGGGAGAUGAUGGAAGGAGGAAGCGCCUCGGGCCGCAGCGGCAGCAGCACUCCUCACCUCCUGCGGGGACCUGGACCCGGCAGGCCCCCAAGCUCUAAGGAUAGGAGGAAUGACACCUGCGAGUACUGUGGCAAGGUGUUCAAGAACUGCAGCAACCUGACAGUGCACCGACGUAGCCACACAGGCGAACGGCCCUACAAGUGCGACCUGUGCAGCUACGCCUGCGCCCAGAGCUCCAAGCUGACGCGCCACAUGAAGACCCACGGGCAAUUUGGGAAGGAUGUGUUCCGCUGUGACAUCUGCCACAUGCCUUUCAGUGUCUACAGCACGCUGGAGAAACACAUGAAGAAAUGGCAUGGAGAACAUUUGAUGGCCAGUGAGGUCAAACUGGAGCAGGCGGACAGAAGUUAAGCCAACAGCCAUUCGUUAUUCAGCCUACAGUGUACACAAGCAAACCAUCACACACACGAGCAAAAGCAGACACACACACAUGCACACACACAAUCGUUAUAACCACUUCUUCAGCUAGGCGGCUUGGCUGGAAAAUCUCUCUCUCUUAAAAAAAAAUUGAGACUGAUCGAUGUUCAUCUUUUUUUUUUCUUGCCACAGAAACUGCCACCUGAGAAUAUAAACAAAGGGAAACUUUAAUGAGAACUUGUCUGGAAUGCACAACUUGGUGUUUCUUGGCAAACUGUCUGAGGAUUUUAUCAGUUAGGAAUCCAUGGAGCCUUUCUACUGUGCAAUAAUUUCUGUAUUUAUUGGAUUUUUGUAAUGAUAUUUGGCAUGUGCAGGUACAUCUUUGUGGGAUUUCAUAUGGAGUUAGUUUUGAAAUGUGCUAAAACUUCUUUUUUUUUCUAAAAUGCGAUUACUGGGAAGAAGUCACCCUUAAUUCAAAUUUUCUUUUAUCUCUCCUUUAAGGAAGGUUAUUAUCAUGUCUGAGUAGAAUUGUGCAAAGCACUAAGCUUUUUAAAGUAAAAAAAAAAUGUUUUCUAUAUUAAAUACAGCAGCGGACUACAAUCCACUCCCUAAUACAGGCCUAAAGCACUGAAUGUCAGCCUGACAAUAAAACAUCAUGCUGGAUUUUAAAAAUCCAACAUUAUCUUAGACACCUGAUAAGUGACUUUACAUUUAUUGAGGGAAUUUGUCCUUGAGAAUAUUGGCAUGUGAAUAAUUUUAAAAUGCAGUUACUGUAUUACUGCCCUUGCUUGAUUGAGGACAUAAAUAAAGGUUGCACUUAAUGGAGGUACCUUUAACUGAUGCUCAGUACAUUCCCAAUGUAGGACUAAAUACCAUAUUUAAUAUGUUGAAUAAGUUAAGACUACUUAUGAUUAAUGUGAGAAGGAGAGCAGUCCUGUUUAUGCUUUGUAAAUAUAUUCUUUUUUUGAAUUUGUCAAAGUAGCCCCGACUGUACGUGAAAGACGACCUAAAACAAUCAGAAGACCAGAUGCUUGCAUCAUUCACAAUAUAUGCUAAGUGUAACUACCAUUCAUUAUUGCUUUAUCAGACCCACCUGAUUAUCUCCCCCACUCCCCCAUCCUAUGUGUGCUUACUCAAAGGCAGUUUGUUAAACUAAAGCUACUUCAAAAAUUGUAACACUUUCUAAAUCAUUCUCCAUCUCCAUCUCCCUCUCGUGUCUGCCUUGGAAUCACUCUCUGACCCAGGUGGUCUUCCCCUGUCCCCUUAGGAUCCCCAAAAUGGUUCCAAAUGCAAUUCAUAUCAAUAUUUGUUAGCGUGUGUUCUUCUCUCUGCAGUGUGUUCUAAAGCCUCUCUCUCCAACGGUGUCUUUUUACAGUUCACUAGCUCAGAUUCAUGCAUUAGAGCAGCUUUUAAUCGGAAGCCUUUUAAUUCGCCCCACAAAGUGAUAUGGGUUUAACUCCCAGUAACAGAUUUUGAGACAGUGUGCAUGUUAGUGACUUUUGGGGAUUACAGUUUUUAUUUUCUGAAUCGUUCAUCCUAAAAAAAAUAGGCUAUUCUAUGAGAUAUGUUAAUUUUGAGCACAGCUGCACAGGGGAUGGCCGGGUGACCUUAAGUAGGGGCUUUUCUUGUGUUAAAAAGGAAAGAUUGGAAUUGAGCAAUGAAGACGUGUGAGAAAGAAAUGGAGGGAGAAAGAGCAAGACCUUGGCCAGGGAGAAGAGUCAUUCAAAUGAAAUUGGAAGCAUAUGAAAAGUGUGUUUUUUUUUUACCCAAAUGCACAUCUACUGGCCACAUCUUAUAACAGACCAUCAGAGUGAGACAGAGCGAGCGUGAGAGGGAGGGAGAGGGCAAAGCCACAUGAAAGGCGACUGAGACUACAUCUUUCAUUUUUUAGUACUGCAAUUCUCAAUCAUCUUCACUUGAAAGUUUAACCUGCUAUUUCGGCCCAUUGUCAGGUUUUAUCGGCACCACUUUUU